CUGGAAGACGCGGCAGGUAUUAAAUGACAGACACCAGACAGAGAUCGUAAGUGUGCAAAACUAAACUAAGCAGACAGUGUUAAGAAACUCUGCAACUGUCAUCAUGUCCAGGGCAAAAAACUCAGAGACCAUCAAUGAAAACAGACCACCUGUCACAUAUUUAGUGGCCUUGAAUGAUAAGUUGCAGAUGAAUGCAGACAAAUUGGAGAAGAACAUCAUUGAGACAAAAAAUUAUCUCAACAGGGAUAUCAAAAGGAUUAAUGAAGGGAGGAAGCCCCUGUACCAGGAGAACAUUGACAAGUCUAUCCCGAAUUUACUGGAGCAACUGAUACCUCUGGAUAAAGAUGCAGCUGAAGCCACUCGUUUGCAGCACCCGCAUUCUGAGAUGAUUGAGAAAGAUAUUAAACAGCUGCGACAGCGUGUGAUGAAUCUCCGUGAGGAACAUGAUCGCAUUUACCAUUUUGCAGAAUCGAGGAAGCUUCCCACACUGGAUGAUACUGAUUGGGAAGUUAAAAUACCUUCAGAGGUUACGACACAUUCAAAUAUCAAGUACAGUGUCAGCUCUUCUGAAGGUCAGCAUGAAUGUUCAGAGACUGGCCUCCGCUGGCGAUCUGACACUGAUGUCAAUUUGGAGUAUCGGUUUGUUGACUGGAAAUCACUCAGUAAAGAUAUUUUGAAGAACUACAAGCCAUGUGGACCUUUGAUGGACAUCACUGUUACCUCUGGCACUCUGGAGGAAGUUCAGUUACCUCACUUCGUCUGUGUAGAUUCUGAAUCUUCCUCAGAUGAUGUAGUGAAAGCUCUUCAUGUGAAGGACGACGGUACUGUUUCGUUGGAAAGAUGUGAAUUAAGCGGAUUCCAUGCCAAGCUUGUCAAUCCCACCUUCUCGUUCUUGGCAAUUGUUGUAGAGGUGCAACAGUACCUCACCAUGAAAUUUCACUGUGAAACGUUGAUUUAUCGCAACAGAACAUCUCCCCUCAACCUUCACGUGUACCUGAUUUUAAAGGAUAAAAAGCUUAAGAGGAAAGUGGAGGAGAAAGAGAAACAUAAUAUGGAGAUUUUAAAACCAACUCCAGAUGAAGCCCUUAAAAUCGAUGAAUCUUUUACGCUGAAGACAUCCUCUGGCUGCAAAAUCAAACCUUCGAGUUUAAAAUUGACACCCAACAAGACCAACUUCUUUGAUUUACACAUUCAAGAUCCAAAUGAAUCGAUAGAAAUCUCUAUGAUGACAAAAGAGGGCCAAAACGUAUGGGAAGUUUAUAUAGAAUCAGAUGAAUUCAACACAGACAGUUCAGCAUUUAAUAAAUCCUCAUUUAUUAUGCAAUGGAUGCGCCGCCUGAUAGAGGCUAUGGGACAGUCAGCUAUCGCUCGUUUAGAAGCGCCUCAUCUGCCCUCCACAAGUGAGAUGAAGAAACUUCGACUCAAUCGCACAGAUCAGGAGCGCGGUGCUGGUCUGAAAGGUGGGGGACCAAACUGA